CCCUUUACUUUCCCUGCAGGUUACCAUAGAAAUCACUGAAGAAGGAGAAGGGAUCAGAAUGCCACCCAAGAAGGCCAGUGCCAAAGCUGAAAAGAAAAGAGCAGAAGCCGAGAGAAAAGCCAAAGAAGAAGCCGAGGCGGCAGAGGCUGCUGAGAAAGAGCGACUAGAGAGAGAGGAGAGAGAGGCAAUUGAACGUGAGGAAUUAGAGCGGAGGAAGGCAGAGGAGGAGGCACGGUUCCUGACGGAGACUGCUCGCAUCAAUGAAAUGCUUGAACAACACCGAGUGGUGCUGGAUGAUUGGAAGACUAAACAGUGGGAGGAGAAGCAGUGGUCCAACUACACGUCGUGUCGUGUACUUCCUGACCCGUCCUCUGUUAGAGCCUUCAACACAUACCUGAGCCUGUGUGAAGAGAGGUGCAGCGAGGGCAAGGACGACAUCAAGGACACUUUCAGCAAGACUCAAGAUUACAUCAAACUUUGCUCUGAGAUUAAAGACUUGCUGCAUGGUGAUGGCUUGCCUCAACCUUCUGAAGCUGACAUUGCUAGGUACACGGCCAGUCUGCCCAGACUCCACAAGCUAGCCCUGGCUCAGUUGGACUCUGCCACCUUACAGUACUUACAAGAGUCAGAGAAGUAUGUUGACACAGAGACAUACAACAUGAGAGUGGAGGCCAGUAUCUCCCAGGGCCUGGUCUACUGUCUGUGGGGGAAUGUGGUUAAAAACCCACGACUGAAGAACCUUUCGUUUCAAGAUGAGCUUAAGUUUACACUGGACUUCCCAAAGCCUCUCUUACUUGCUGAUGUGGCGAUACGUGUAAUGCAAUUGCCCUUUGACCUCCUGUCUCCAUUAAGUCCGUCUUACUCAUGCAAAAGGUCUCCUCCAGGUACCACCACGGUGAGCAAGUCAUCAGGAAAUAGUGAGGGGGACACCCCUACUAAUCAAGGAGACGAGGGGGCAGAGGAUGAAGAGACUGUGGCAGAACCUGAACUACAUCAAACAGAAAAAGAGGUUGCAGCUCCCAGUGUGUCUCCUCAUACUGAAAAUAAAGACGAGUCAGCAGAGUCACAAGACCAAGUAGCAAUUAAUGGUGACACAGAGGAGGGUAGUGAGGGUAGUGACCCUUGUGAGGGUGAUGAGGAGCUAGAAGCUGAUGAGGUCAAUUUGAGGGCAUUUCUUCCAGCAUGCGGACCAAUCAUUUUUGAGCUCCUAGAGAUGCCACCGCAACCAAAAACAGUCAACAACUGGACCUUCAGGAAGGUUGUCCCCUCCCACUUGGUCCCCUACAAGUACCCAGCUGAAGUGUUUCGUCCCCUUUCCUCGGUCACUAAUGAGGAGGAACAAGUGGCUGCUCCCCCGGCACCCACUCCUGGGUCCUCUACAUGGCCACCCAUCAUCGUGUCAAUGCAAUUGCCCGACAGGUUUGUGUUCAGAGAGGAGCCUCAGCUGGCACAGUGGGACGGUGAAAAGUGGCGAACUAGCGGGUUCAAGGAGAUCAAUUGUAAUCUAGAAGGGAAAACCAUAUCCUUCCAAAUCUUCUCCUUUCAUCCCCUGGCUUUAAUGGUGGACCGCUAUAGCAACAUGCCGUAUCUCUCCUGGUCGCUUAUCCCUUCUGGUAUUAAUCACACGAUACUGACACUAGAGGGACCUGCCAUUAAAGUCACUGUGGAGAUCAAAGGACAUCAAAGCACUCUUGUUGGACCAACAGACGUAGCCGCUUUAAGGCAUAUUCUCAACCACACAAUGUCAGCUCGGCAGCUCAUACAGGCCCUGUCAUCUGCUGGGGCUGACUUCUUCCCUGCUCUAGACGCAGACAAGUAUGUCAGUGUCGCACCAAAGCACCACAUAGUGGAGAUGUCUGUAUACCAGAGUAUGGCACUGGCAUGUUGUGGGGUGGCCUUUCAAUGGAGUCGUUGGAACAGCGGGGCUGGCACGGAGAUCAUUGUCCUCAGGGCAGUACAGGCAUUGGUUACACCCACCACUCAAGACCUAGACCAGCUUGACUGGUGCACUUAUGUUGGAGGGCGUCGCAACUUCCGAGUGGCAAUCAGUGAGGAUAGCGCUGAGUUCUCUGAUGAUGCUUGUGAGGGUUGUGAGGUCCACCCUAGUCUCUACUCUGCUCUGGAACAUGACGCUUCUUCACAAACCAAAGAUAACAUCAACACCACCUCCCCCAUGCAUUGCGAAGCCAUCAAGCACUGGCUCACUUCUGUUAAGAUGCUAACAUUUUCUUAGAAUUGUGGACACAUUAUAAUUAUGUAAUUUGUGUUUUGCAAACACAUUGUGGCUUUUAUCACUUAUUCUGUUCUAAAUUUAGUAUCAAUGUUG